AUGAUACAUGGCAAUAUUCUGGUGUGGAAUUGCAAAGGUGUGGUUAACCGUGAAACACAGCAUGCUCUCAUUGAUCUAGUGCGAGCUAAGAGGCCGAGUUUGAUCUUUCUCGCUGAGACCUUGGCUCAGCAGGACAUCAUUGAUUCUUUUCAAGGAAGAUUAGGGUUCCGGGGUAAUUUAUGUUUUCCUCAGGAAGAUGGGUCGCAGGGUGUUGCCUUACUUUGGAAUGCAGAUCUCCAUGUUAGUCUACGCACAUACUCACCCAAUCACAUUGAUGCCGACAUUUCUGCAGAUGUGGGUGCACCUGCAAUUUGGCGAUUUACGGGCGUCUAUGGGGUUGCAGCUAGAACAGAACGACGUCGAACCUGGGACCUCAUUGAAACCCUUGCUGCUGAAGGGUGUAACCUACCAUGGCUUAUGGUGGGAGAUUUCAAUGAGAUUUUAAGCAAUGAAGACAAGUCUGGGGGUGUACCUAGGGCUGCUACUCCGAUGUUGAAGUUUAGGCAAACAAUGGCCAGCUGUGGUCUGAUAGACAUGGGCUUUGUGGGAUGUAGAUUCACUUGGUCGAAUAAGUUCACUAAGGAAAGGUUGGAUCGAGGUUUCCAAUGUGAGCAAUGGAGAAGGAGGUUCCCAUACAGCAGAGUUAUUACCUUGAAUCCCUCUGACUCGGACCACUGUCCAAUUCUAGUUGAGGUGAGGGAAGAGAAAAAGAAUUCCAAACGAUCACCAAAACGAUUUCGUUUUGAGGAAAUGUGGCAUGGCCACUAUCAAUGUAUGGAUAUCAUCAAGCAAAAUUGGUCUCGUCCUCUCACUGGUAAUGCUCUUCAACAGUUGGGCCAUAAAAUUCAAUAUACGGGUGAAAGGCUAUUUGAAUGGCAUAGUGUGGAGUUUGAAAAGCAGAACGUUGAAUUGCGUGUUGUGCAAGAAAAGCUCAAUGACAUAAUGAAAGCACCAUACUCUCCUACACAAUAUGAGGAACAAAGAGUCCUCCAUGUCAAACUUAGCCAACUUCUAGCCCAACAAGAAAAAUACUGGAGACAACGCAGUAGAGCUAUGUGGCUUAAGGAUGGGGAUCGUAAUUCAGCUUUCUUUCAUAGAAAGGCCACUAAUAGACGUACCAGGAAUGCUAUUAAGGGCUUGAAAGAUAGUCAGGGUGAGUGGCAAAUUGACCCCGUCAUUGUACAGAGGUUGUUAGUGAAUUACUACAAGAAUGUAUUCACUAGCAGCGGUGCCAAUUUGGAGGCUAUUAAUGAGGUGAUUUCGGCCACUUCUCCGAUGGUAACCAUGGAGAUGAAUGAAGCACUUCUUCAACCAUACACUGAGGAUGAGAUCAGAGCUGCAUUGUUUCAGAUGCACCCUUCAAAAAGCCCGGGACCUGAUGGUAUGUCUCCAUUCUUGUUUCAAAAGUAUUGGCAUAUUGUGGGUACAGAUGUUUGUGUUGCUAUCAAAAUGUUUUUGGAGAAAGGUGAAGCUUGGGCAGACUCAAAUUUUACGCACUUGUGUUUGAUUCCUAAAAUUCAAAACCCUACUGAAGAAGCUCAUUUCAGGCCUAUAGCACUCUGUAAUGUUAUCUACAGAAUCUGUUCAAAAGUUGUUGCAAAUAGGUUAAAGAAGUGCUUGCCGGAGAUUAUUUCACCUUUGCAGAGUGCUUAUGUCCCAAGAAGGCUAAUCUCUGAUAACACCUUAGUGGCCACAGAAGCAGCUCACUUUAUGCACAAGUUGACAACACAGGAGGAGGGCUUUUUUUCUCUGAAACUUGAUAUUAGCAAAGCCUAUGAUAGGCUUGAAUGGAGUUUCUUGUAUGCUAUGCUGGCUAGAUUGGGUUUUGCAGGAGCAUGGAUUGACAUGAUCAUGAGUUGUAUUAUGUCAGUUAGUUAUGCAGUCUUGGUUAAUGGUGAAGUGACUCAAAAAAUUCUUCCAACAAGAGGCAUUAGGCAGGGUGAUCCCCUGUCACCCUACCUAUUCAUUCUUUGUGCGGAGGGACUAUCAGCUCUGAUUACGCAAUCUGUCAAUCAAGGCCUUCUUAAAGGUUUGAAAAUGUGUCCGCAAGCUCCUACUUUGCACCAUUUAUUUUUUGCUGAUGAUAGCAUCUUGUUUGGAGCUGCUACUGCCAUUGAAUGCUUACAGGCCAAUCUGUUAGAAAUUUUGGAAGUGCAAUGUGUAGAGGAACAUGAUCGAUACUUGGGUCUCCCGCUUCGUGUAGGUCGAUCCAAGUCAGCCAUUUUUGCAUACCUGAAGGAGAAACUCAGUAAAAAGCUUAUUGGGUGGAAAACCAAAAUUCUUAGCUCAGCAGGUAAGGAGACUCUUAUCAAGGCAGUGGCUCAGACAAUGCCGUUAUAUACUAUGAAUUGUUAUCUGCUACCUAAAGGUUUGUGUGAUGAGUUCCAUCAAUUGUGUGCAUCUUUCUUUUGGGGUGAUACAGAUGAGAAAAAAAAGAUUCAUUGGCGUAGUUGGGAGAGAUUAUGCCUCACGAAACAAGAAGGUGGCAUGGGAUUUAAGAAUUUAUAUGCUUACAAUCUUGCCAUGCUUGCAAAGCAAGGUUGGAGAAUUGUUACAAAUCCGGAUUCUCUUAUUGCUCAGUUGUACAAAGCUCGUUAUUUUCCCCAUUGCAGCUUUUGGGAGGCCGAAAUGGGAGAAGCGCCAUCCUUUUCGUGGAGAAGUAUUAUGAAUGGUAGACAGGUGUUGCAGGCGGGUGUGAGAUGGAGAAUUGGGGAUGGCACCUCUGUGAACAUUUGGACGGAUAGAUGGCUGCAAAAUGGGCCUAUGCUACAGCGACCAGACCAUACGGAUUUUCGCAUGGUUGCAGACCUAAUCAAUUCUCAUGAUCGUACAUGGAUCCCUUCGACUGUGCAUUCUCUUUUCAGCCCGGAUAUUGCUAGUCGUAUCCUAGCUACACCACUGAGUCGACGUGCCAUCCAUGAUAGAUUGUGUUGGAGUCCAGACAAGAGAGGUCAUUUUACAGUGAAGACAGCUUAUUGGAUUGCCCGUGAAUCGGUACUUGGAAAUGUUUUGACUAGUUCUUCGGAUGGAGAUCCUUUUAAUAUGUUAUGGAAGGCUAUAUGGAAAGCAAAGGUUCCGGGUAAAGUGCAAAUAUGCAUUUGGAGAGCUGCAAACAAUCUCUUGCCAACAAGAGCCUGUCUAACAACAAAGGGAUACACAGGUGAUACCAGCUGCGUCCUCUGUAAUCACAGGUUAGAAGAUGUAUCUCAUGUAUUGUACAAAUGCCCUAUUGCAGUUGAGCUCCUAUCUUCCCCUCCUCUAAAUCUCCAACAAUCCUUACUACCUCAUAUAAACUUCAAAGAAUGGCUACUGGAUUGUGCUAUGCAUCUGAAUCUUGCUACCUUUGAAAAGUUGAUGAUGGUUUUAUGGUCUGUGUGGAAGAAUCGAAACAGUAAGCUCUGGGAUGGUGUGGCUCAAACAGCACCUCAUAUUCUUCUAUACUCCAUGGCCUGGUUGGAAGAGUUCCAUAAAGCUCGGGAUGUGCAUCACAACACGGGUGAUAGAAGUGUCAAGCAGACUUGGAAACCGGCAACUGAGGGCCGAAUUAAGUUGAAUGUGGAUGGAUCUUUCAUUCCAAGUAUGCAAAGAGGAGGGGCAGGAGGUGUCAUUCGAGAGGAGAAGGGUCUUUUUAUUGCAGCUUUUGCCCAUACUAUGCCCCAUGUAGCCUCAGCGAAGCAGUCCGAGCUCUUUGCCGUUAGAGAGGGUCUUGAUCUAGUCCGAUCACUAAACCUGCAGAAUGUCACUUUAGAAAGUGACUGUUUGGAAGCAGUACAACUGAUCACUAGUGAGGACCACGACUUUGAUGAGCAACGAGAUGUCUUGGAUGACAUUGCAGUCCUUGUGAAUGCACUUCCAAGUGUAGAGAUUAAGCAUGCCUCUCGUACUUGUAACAAUGUGGCUCAUAAUUGGCUGCAAUUGCUUUUGAGUCAAACCAACUUGAGGUCUGGUUUCAUGUACCGCCAAGCUCUAUUACUGAUGUACUCCAGCAUGACUUAG